CAUUGUAGGAAAAGAGUUAACAAAAAUAUAGAAUAGAAUUUCUUAUACAAUCUAAAUCGAGUUCACAUGUUGCGACCUUGCAAAGACCGCUUGAGUGUGCCUAAUAACAACGCCGACUUAUCCAUUAGUUUCUCUUUGAAAAUUUAUUUCGUUCAUAUUUUGCUAUAAUAACGACAAAACAAAAGCCCAAAUUAUUAGACCAACCUAUAAUUUGAAAAUUAAUAGGCAGAAGAAGUAGGAGACGAUGAUAAUAAGUUAAAAUAAGUUUAUACUCCGUACCUCUUGAAGAUAAGACCAAAAAUUGAAAUAAAUAACUUUAAACAAUGAAACAGAGAGAGGUAUAGAUGCAUGUGUUAGUAUAAAUAUUAGAUAUAUAGAGAGAAAGAACAGAGUGUUUAAGUCGCUUCUUACCCAAAAUCUUUCUCAACACAGCUGUUCGAUCUCAACAAGUAUUUAUAUCUUUUUUUUUUCUAAAACAUAAAAGAAGAAAAUGUUGGGUUCAAGUAGUGGAUGCGAGUCAGGAUGGACUCUGUACUUAGACCAGUCGGUUUCUUCACCAACACCUUCUUGUUAUAGAGACAGCAAUGGGUUUGAAAACAGAAGAAGAAGCAAAGAUUCAUGGGACCAACACAACGUGCAUCAAGGAGACGAAGAAGAAGAGGAAGAAGACGAUUUGUCAAUGAUUUCAGAUGCUUCUUCUGGUCCAAGAAAUAUUUCCGAGGAAGAUUCUGUGAAUAAGAAGAUAAAUAUUGUUGGUCUCAAGAAACAAUGCAAGAGAGAAAAGAAAAGAAGAGAUUAUGAGAAAAUGAACUCAGUUCUUGAUGAUACUGCUAGUUCUCCUCUUUUCAAUUUCCCUCAUAUGUUGCAGAAAAGUGUUGGUGGUAAUAAGAUAGAGCAAAACUUUCCAGAAAGUACAUUGGAUUACUCACAAGGCUUCUCGGCUACUCAGUUUCAGGACAAUACAGCAUUCCAAGAGCAGUAUGGUUAUUUGCAUAUGGAAACCAGAUUCUAAAUAACCAGUGAGGAUCAAACUGAUAAGAGCAGCUAUUUUGGACAUUUGUGCAGCUUUUAUGGAUUCAAGUAAUGAUUAAAGUGAAUCUUAAAGUCCAAAUAUGAAAGAUAGGAAGGAGUUUUAAGCAAAAAAUUGCUAAAGAAAGAAACCAACAAUGAAGGGACGAAAAACAGUUUCUCAAAUCUCUCAAUUGGAACUGAAUCUUUCCUCUCUUUUGCUUUGUAAUUUCUUCACAAACAAGUUUUCUUUGUAGCCGCCUUUUAUGUAACUCGUGGUUUAUAACACUUCCAUUGCAAUCUUCGCUCAUAGCGUAACAAAUUUCAGUACCUAAAUAAGCUUCUUCUUA